AUGGUGUUUUCCUCCAUGGGUGCGGAAGACGACCCUCCGCAAGUCAGUGACGAUGAUAACCCUUCCUCGCCGGUCGUCAGUUCCGACGAGGACCCAGGAGGACUGGGAAGGUCCGCGCGCUUCCAUCAACCUCCCGACACCGAUCUUGACGAAGACAUCUUCGCACCCGAGAUCCAUGUUAUGGACGGGUCCACUUUCAGACGGUACAUAGCUUGGAUUCCUGGAUUGAUUAACAACUGCGCCCAUGCGUUUGUGGGAGGAUGGGCUUACGUGCUGAUACAGUACCUCAGUCGAAUGAUGAGCGAAAGGCAUCAAAGAUCCACAGAGGAAGCGAUCAGAGCUAGAGAAGAAGAACUACAGUACCUCCACUACGCAGCAACUCAUUGAACACAUGGUAAAGAAGAAUGUAAAUAAUACAAAGUAAACAGUUUCAUGGUUGAAUGGAUUUUGAUGGUGUUCAAUUAACUUGUAACUUACUUUUACUUAGUGGAUGUGUACUAUAGUUACAUUUUAUAGGUAUGAAUUGAACUUGUUUGAAGCUUUUAAGUUGUUAGAUUUACACCUCACAAAUGAAACGUUGUUUUUGAAUUAAAAAAUCUGAAGAAACCAACAAAAAGAAAUCUGAAUACCAAGCAAGGAAUGGUAUAAACUAACAUAAAAACAGUUU